GAUACACAUCAAUCCAUAACAGCAACACUCCACCUUUUUUUGUUUGUUCGCGCUUCUCAGCGUCCAAGUCAUUUUCUGGGUCCCUCCCUUCGCUUGGUCCUCCAUCCUUCGCUUGGUCCUUCAUCCUUCGCGCCUCGAAUGCGAACAGUGACCUUCCUCACAGCCGCGGUACCGCUGGUCCUCCUCGCCCUCUUCCAGUACGCCACCAAGGACAAAUUGGGCGGCGACCACUCUUUUUCCGCAAUGCAAAGUUCCGCACUCGCUGGAAGGCACGCCCUCGUCAUCGGCGGCACCAACGGCAUUGGCCGAGGCCUGGCCGAGUGGCUCGCACGGCAAGGCGCCUCAGUCACCGUUGCCGGCCGCAGCGCCGAGCGCGGGCAGGAAGUCGUCCAGGCAAUGCAAACCUCCGCACUUUCCUCCGCACGUCCGUCCGGUUCAGCCAGUGCUGAAGCCUCUGCCUCGUAUGCGUUCGCGCCGAUCGAUGCGCAGUCCAUCCGCGACGUUGAGAAAUUCUGCGAGGAGUACCGUCGCACGCACAGCCGAUUGGACUAUCUCGUCCUGACGCCCGGAAUUGCUACCAUGCAAGGCCGCACGGAAACGAGCGAAGGCAUCGACCAGAAGUUGGCCAUCCACUACUAUGGUCGCAUCGCUGCGAUUCAAGGACUCUUGCCGCUGCUCGAGGCUACCGCCACGCAAUCGCCGGACGCGGACGUGCGCGUCUUGUCCGUUCUCUCUGGCGGCGCUCAUCUUGCCUACUCAGACUACGAGAAGGACCCUGAGCUGCGCGAAGGCUACUCGCUGAAGAACGCCGCAUUUGCAGCAGGCUUCUACAAUGAUAUUGCCUUGGACUCGCUCUCUCGCGAGCACCCCACCGUCUCGUUUGCGCAUGCCGGACCCGGCUUUGUCGCGACUGCGUGGGGCACCGAGCUCAACCCCAUUCUUCGCGGCCUUGUGCGAGCCGUUCAGGUGUUUGGGAAGAGUCCCGCAACAUGCGCAAGCCGCAUUGGGUUGGCGCUCACCGCGCCUCAGUUCAAGGGCGGCUUCCACGUUGUCGACUCCAACGGCCACGCCUCCAAGGUUGUGUCUCAGCACGCCGAGGCUCGCGAGUUUGUCUGGGCCAACACCAACGAAGUGAUCCAGCGCGCAGCCUCCAAGCCCCGAGAGUGAACGAAAAAAAUGUUUGCUGUUAAUAAAAGUGCAAUUUUCCAAAGCGGA